UCGGAGCCCUGCGCUCCCCGGCCACCCUCUGCGGGCUUUCCUUUGGAGCUGAGGAAGGGGAGUAGUGCAGCCGCCCAGCCCCAGCUCUCCCCGGGCGCAGCCCCGACGGGGCCGCGGCAGGCGCGGCGCGAGCCGACGGAGCCAUGAGAGAGUACAAAGUGGUGGUGCUGGGCUCGGGCGGCGUGGGCAAGUCCGCGCUCACCGUGCAGUUCGUGACGGGCUCCUUCAUCGAGAAGUACGACCCCACCAUCGAGGACUUCUACCGCAAGGAGAUCGAAGUGGACUCCUCGCCGUCGGUGCUGGAGAUCCUGGACACGGCGGGCACCGAGCAGUUCGCGUCCAUGCGGGACCUGUACAUCAAGAACGGCCAGGGCUUCAUUCUCGUCUACAGCCUUGUCAACCAGCAGAGCUUCCAGGACAUCAAGCCCAUGCGGGACCAGAUCAUCCGCGUGAAGCGGUACGAGCGCGUGCCCAUGAUCCUGGUGGGCAACAAGGUGGACCUGGAGGGCGAGCGCGAGGUCUCGUACGGCGAGGGCAAGGCUCUGGCCGAGGAGUGGAGCUGCCCCUUCAUGGAGACGUCAGCCAAAAACAAAGCCUCGGUGGACGAGCUGUUCGCCGAGAUCGUGCGGCAGAUGAACUACGCGGCGCAGCCCAACGGGGACGAGGGCUGCUGCUCGGCCUGCGUGAUCCUCUGAGGCGCCCGCGGUGGCCGCGCGCCGGCCGCGCUCUGCGCACAAAAGCCAAACGCACCCGACUCUCUAAUGUGAUUUCUCUUCUUGCUUUGAGAUUGGAGACGACUUUGCAUUGGCCAAGGUGUCCCGGGAGCCCGGCUGGCCUCCGCGGCCGGGGCCCCCUGCCUCCUCCCCUUGUCCGAGAGGUGUCCGGUUCUGACCAUCCGAGCCCCCGGUGGAAAUGUAGCCCUUUGCAGCGUGGACGUUUCUCAUUGAUUUUGGUCCCCGUUUAAGGCUUCGUUAGGGCGCUGCAUUGGCAGCAAAAGUUCAGCCUGGGAAAAAAAAAUGGGGGUGGGGUGGAGGAAGAGGAUGGGGAGAAUGGAGGAAAGGGAGGUCUUUUUUUUCUUUUUUUUUUUUUUGGUCAACAACCGUUUUGUAGUUCCAACUUUUAAAUACAUGGAAGGAAGUCCGGGAGAACCAUAUGAAGGAGCAGAAGAGGAAAAAACUUGUUUUGGUUUUUUCCCUUGUUUUCCAAGGAGGAGCUGGAAAUUAAGAUCGGGUUCCUUUUCUCCCAGCUUGGAAGGGCAACCCGGUGACUGGUUGUGAUUCUGAGGAUGUCUAUGCAAAGUUGGAUUCUUGUUACAGUGUGUCCAAUCUGAAGUAUUGCACAUCUGAACUGGGACUGUUAACACUGAUACCAAUACAGUGUGGGGUGCCAGAAAGUGUCUGCUGAUAUUUGUGGAAAAAAAAUCUAUUUUGUUUACCUACUGUAUCAAAGGAGAGUCUGGGGGGAGAAUGGUAGUAUUUUUUUUUUUUAUCAGCUGUGAAAAAAAUGUUACAGAUCUGCACAUUUUUGUGUACUAUUGUGUGUGUGUGUGCUUUUUUUAUUUUUUAGUUUCUUUUUGCUGUUUUUUGGUUGGCGGUAACAGAUUUUGAUGACUAGCUCUUUAAAAUACAGUACAAAGACUUCCUAAGUGUGAUUCAGGGCUCCCAGCACCCCUGUGUCUGCAGAGUGCCUUCAAAACUCAGCUGUUCCAGCCGGUGCCAACCUGUGAACCUCCCACUGUCACCCAGUAUCUGCUCUUCCCCACUCCACUUCCCAGUUUCCUUCCAGCAAUCUUCCUGAGGGAGCGGGACAAUAAGGCCUGUUGUUCUCUGUUCGGUGAAUUUCUUGAUUAUUUCCAGCCUUUAAAAUGUAAUUUUCAUGGCUUGCAAAUUUUAUUUUUGUUUUGCUUUGUUUUGUUCAAAUUUUCAGGUAUUAGCUCCCUUUUUGUAUUGUUUUAUAUUUUUUUUUUUUUGGUUUUCUGUUCUAGAGUGUUCCUCCAGAAGCCAAGAGCAAAAUUUACUGUUGUGAUGUACCAAGAGGAUUCUAAUUGUAAUUUUUAAUUCCAGACAUGCAUUUCAUUGUUGUCUUUUCAUUUUAAGACUUUUAAUACAAGUGUCAUUUUUAAGAAACAAACUCAAAACUAUUGUUUGCGUUGCUUUGUUUCAUGUUCAGUGACUUAAUAAUACAGUAUCCUGGCUGAGGUAGACAGAGGCAGGUGAACCACGUUCCCAGGAGGUGUCCAAUUUUGGAGUCAAAAGUGUCUCAGUGAUAUGUUCGGUGACUUUGUGCCCAACUCCUAAAAUACGGAGACAAUCAUCAAAUUCUAGAAAGCCCUGGGGUUGGGCCAUCCCAUCUGACCACACGAUGGGCAGGUAUAUUGAAUCUUCAGCUGACAUGGAGCCAUCUACCUCCUUGAAGGUAGGGAAGCAGAGAAACCCAACUGCUAAUAUUGCCUGAGGUCUGGGAAAGUAACCAUCCAUCUGGCAGGCUACCCAUUCAUUUAUUUUUCUUUUCUUUUUGGUUGUUUUUUUUUUUUUUUUUUUUUGGUUUGUUUAAAUUAUGUCAUACAUCCAGUCAAAGUAUGUGUGGGAAAGCUGGUUUCCAAUUUCCAAAUGAAGUCAUAUCUUACGGUGUCUUCUGCUGUACAUGUGUCUGAGUUGUAGACAGGUGUAUCAACCUUUUUGUGGGUUUUCAUUUGGAAAUACAUCUUUAGGUUACAAAAAAAAAAAGGUGGACUAAGACAAUUCUCUUGCUGUCAUUUUAUUCUGUGAAUUUUGUGAAGCACGUUUGACCUCUUAAGUUUUUCUUUCUAGCAGCAGGAGGCAGUGUGAGCUUUUUGUUUUUUAUUUUAUUUUCCCUAAAGGGGUUUAAUUUGUAAUAUAACCACUGCAGAAUAAAAGAGAGGUGUCUGAGAAUUUUAUAUAUAUAUAUAUAUUAGAAGCACAUGAUAUGUACCUAUAUGUGAAAUGUAGAUCAAGUCUUCUGCAGGGUCUUUUGACAAAAGGACAUGUUCCAUUGACAAAGCCAAAAUAAAUUACAGGCCACAGGUUUCUUUAAAGCUGUAUUAACGUACCAUACCUUGCCUUAAAACGUUACGUUCUUGGGCUGAGUAUUCUUAGUGUGAAGAGGACUAUAGAAUUUUGCCUGGGGUAGUCCUACAGCCACUUUUUUUUUUUUUUUUCCACUCUAUCUCACUUACUUAAUAGUGAACUUAACUGGAAGGCAAUGUUACAAAUAUUCUAAAUGUAGAAAUGAGAAACUGCUCAAAUUUAUCCUUUGUGGCACUCAUUCUUGAAUUUACAUAAAUUUAGUUGCUUAAGUAGAUCUAAAGUACUGAAAAUUGUGAAGAUGUGUAUCAAGCAUUUCCUGAAGGAUUUUUUUUUUUUAAGACAUUCGGUGACUUUCUUAGGCUGUGUUUUCGGAAGCCUUUUGACAUAAAAUGCUGCCAAGUAUCUAAUUUAAGAAAUGUAUAUAUUCCUGAUGGAAUGUUUGCAAAUGGAAAAUUGGAAAUGAAAUAGGUUGCUGGAUGCAUUCAUCACCUUCGCACAGAAUUUAGUCACUUGGAUGACUAAAUUCUUCAUAGAUCUGGGAUGGCAGGGCAGAAGAUUUUAAUAUGCUUUGACUGAGUACUGUGAAAUAAAUGCUUUUUGGAUUCUCAGUGGAAGCAAUUUUGCAUGUGUGCCUGGAGCAGGAAAAUAGUUCAGAGUUCCGUAGCCUUCUCCUUUAUCUUCAUGACAUAAUUGAGAGACAUUAGUGAUACUCCUUUUUUUUUUCUUCCUUAAAAAAAUGUUUUUAAGAAUAUGUCAGUUUGUUUGGCUAGUAAGAACCCUUCUAGUCUUAUGAUGUGAAGAGAUAAGAGCAUUUGUUUCAAGGAAAAAGUUGAGCUGACUUAAGUGUUACAGGAAGUCAGUGAGGUGGGGAGGGCUUUGUUAUAAGGCAAUCACCUGUCAAAACAGACUGAGUGGGAAAGGAGACUUUAUCUUGGGGAGCGAAAGCUGACUUUUAAACUUGACCCCUGCUGUCUUCUAUCAGCUUUUCCUUUUGGUCCCUGACUGCCAUCCAGGUUUUGUAACACACCAAAGUAUUUUUUUUUUUUUUUUUUUUUUGGUAACAGGG